GCGCGAAGCCCCGCCGCGCCCGGGGUGGAGCGGGGACUGGGCGCGUCGCGGGAGAGAGGAGGCAGAUGCUUCCCGAGGCGCAGCCCCGCCGGAGGGGCUCGACCCUGGCUAGUGCCUGUCCGCCCCCUCCGGGCCGCGGGGACCCACCGGGCGGGUGUCGGGGAGCGGGCAGCGCCAUGCGCCGUUCCGAGGAGUGAAGGGACGUCCGGGCUGCUCCGGUGCGGGCGCGGAGCCGCCGCGGAGGUGGCCCGAGGUGACGGGAGGCCGGGAGAGGUGCCGCGCCAGCGCCGGUAGCGCUGCCACCAAGGGUCAUCUACAACGUGUCUCUCCAGGAAGACUCCACAAUGAAAAAAACAACCCAGAGUUGCUUCUUACUCAUCAUCCUUCUAACUAGAAUUGUUCCAAGUCUUUCUUCUACUGUAAAUUAUACUGAUCCUACAUUAGAGCCUGUAGUAACUGAAAAUUCAGUCAUACGACAGAAGAUAAUAGAUUCGCAGUUCAAAUGUUAUGAGAGGAUGAACAGAGCUCCUCCAUACAAGAAAAAAGGUCUGUUCUGCAACCGAACAUGGGAUGGCUGGUUGUGCUGGGAUGACACACCUGCUGGAAGGCUCACUGCUCAGAAUUGUCCGGAUUAUUUUCCAGACUUCGAUCCAACUGAGAGGGCUUCAAAAUAUUGUGAUGAAACUGGAAAUUGGUUCCGCCACCCUGAGAGCAACCGGACUUGGUCCAACUACACCCUGUGCAACUCUUUCACCUCUGAAAAAUUGAAGAUGGCGUUCAUACUUUAUUAUAUGGCAAUCGUUGGCCAUGCUUUGUCUAUUACAUCCCUGUUGAUUUCCUUGGCAAUUUUCUUCUAUUUCAAGAGCCUCAGCUGUCAAAGGAUAACACUGCAUAAGAAUUUGUUUUUUUCCUAUGUGCUGAACUCCAUGUUUACAAUUGCCCACCUCAUUGCUGUUGUCCCUAACCCGGGCCUUGUAAAAAGGGAUCCUGUAAGCUGCAAAGUGCUGCAAUUCUUUCAUCAGUACAUGCUGGGCUGCAACUACUUCUGGAUGCUCUGCGAAGGCAUUUAUCUUCACACGCUGAUCGUGGUGGCAGUGUUUGCUGAGGAACAGCGUUUGCACUGGUAUUACCUCUUGGGCUGGGGGUUCCCUUUAGUGCCAGCAUCCAUUCAUGCAGUUGCAAGAGCCAGAUACUUCAAUGAUAACUGCUGGAUGAGUGUUGACACAUACUUGCUUUAUAUUGUUCAUGGACCUGUAAUGGCAGCUUUAUUGGUCAAUUUUUUCUUUUUGCUUAACAUUGUCCGAGUUUUGGUGACAAAGCUGAGAGAUACCCACCGUGCUGAGUCCAACAUGUAUAUGAAAGCUGUCAGAGCCACUUUAAUCCUGGUGCCCUUACUAGGAAUUCAGUUUGUUAUUAUUCCCUGGAGACCAGAAAACCGACUUGCUGGAGAAAUAUACGAUUACAUCAUGCAUAUAUUAAUGCAUUACCAGGGCUUGCUUGUGGCUACCAUAUUCUGCUUCUUCAAUGGUGAGGUACAAGGAGCUUUGAAGAGGCAAUGGGCACAGUACAAAACGCAGUGGGGCCAAAGGCGCCGAGAGCAUUGUUCCACUCGAUCUACCUCCUACACCGCCACGUCAAUCACAGAGGUCCCUGUUUACCUGUACCCCCACGACGCCAACAAUGAACAGUUAAAUGGAAGAUAUGUAGAGGACUCUGAACUCGUUGCAUUAAAAUCUGGAGAGACAUUUGCCUAGCUCAGCACCAGCCAUUGCAAACACAUCGUUUCCUGUUCUGCUUGUGAAAAAAUUGAGGAGAAGGGUGGGAGUGUGGAAAUUCAAGAUGCUGUGUCAGAGUGCAGGCCCAGGUGGAAGGACACAACCUGUUUGAACCACAUCAACCUCUGACAGUAACAAUGUAGAGGGAGUGUGAUGUAGACCUGGAGUAGCAUUUCUUCCUGAGCACUGCAACAGGGAGUGAACAGAGACCUGCUCACCAGGCUGUGUAAUCUCCACAUCUCCUGAUACCAGCUGUGUGAAGUGACCAUCUGACAUCUGUAACAACCCCAGGUAGCCAAUAGCAAAUAGGAAAGAAAGAACCAGUAUGUGGCAAUUGGAAACUUUUGGCACUUUUUGCUUUUGGUACUUUUCCUUAACGCUAGAUUUUAAACCAUCAACUUUCACAAAGUGUAACUGACUUGGAGUCCUUUAUUUUUCCCUUUUAAUGAGCUUGAUGACUGCUUAAAAGAUUUUGCACAUCGCAAGACAGAUCAAACAUAUGAACAGCAGAAAGUCAUUCCAAAGUAUUGAAAUCUUGAUGCUUUCCAAAGAAUGCCACAAAAUAUUACCAUCCCCAAAGGAUACCCCAAAAUAAUAUCAAAAUAUUACCCAUUAGCAGGUGCAUAAAGCAAAUCAAGGUGAAAUAGCCAUUGCAUGCCAAGAUCUCAAAUACCCUCAGAGAAACAGAUCAACCCUUCGGGUUGAUAUGCCUGAAGGCAUAUCAAAAUAGAUUUCAUUUAACAAUACUGGUAGUUCAAGAAUAUUUAUUUAGUAGGAAAAAUUGUCACCCUAAUACUCUGCCCAGAAACUCAUCAUUAAGUCACAUUUCUCUCACCCUGAAUAAACUGUGGUAUUUGUUUGGAAACUAUGGUUUUAUUUAAUAGACGCUCUGAGAUGAAUGCUAGAUGAAAGCUUGUCUCUGUUACAAAAUUGUGGCAGUAAAUGUUUCCAUGAAAGAAAUCAGAAGCUAAUGUCUUAGCACAGGAAGCACCUACUUUUAGAAUCUGGUUGCUCUCCUGAGUUCCUAAUCAUUAGAUAUUCCUCCAAAAACCUUUAUAAGCUAUUUCAGUUUAUACUGAAAUUAACAGAUGAUUCCCUGUUAAUUUGGAUAAGCACUGAACAACUCUCUUCAGUGUUCAGGAAUGAGUUAUGCAAUACAGUUCAGUGUAGACUUCAAAAACGUGAGGCCAUUUCCUCCACAGUGAAUUGAAACCAUUUUUAAAAAUUGUGUCCAGACAGGCUGAUUUUCCUUCCCUGACAUAACCAGACCCUAAGCUUUGCUCUCAAUCUGUAGAUUUUAAAUGGAGAUAUAAUAUACAUGUCUACCUACAUUAGUCACCAUCUCACUGGAAAAGUCCCUUCCAGGAAUGAGUUCAUGAAGAAUAGCUGUAAACCCAGCACUAUGAGAAGGGACCAGAUUCCCACUAUGCAUACAUGAGUCAAUGCCUUGCAGGGAAGGGAGCUGCUCUGUGUUCACCACCAGCACACACACCAGCUGUGCACCACAACACGUUGUCCCCAGGGCGAGGAGGGAGCUGCUGGCUCUGCCAUCAUGGAACAAAAGAGGAGCUGGGGAACAAGAAGGAAUUGUCUGCUGGCGGUGCAGAUCAUCACAUGGUCAAUCCAGCAGAACACUUACAAGAAAAUACCAUCAUAUGUGUUUGUUCAAGCCACAUAUCUAUUUUUCAGACUUCAAGGAACACAGUUAUUUUUUCAAACAACAGUAUUUCUCAUAUUGCUAUUUCUACUUUCACCUGUGAACAAUAGGAAAUGCAGGAGUCAGUUGCUAAAGACAAUAAAGUGGCUCUGCUAUGAGUCUGCAUUAUUCUGAAUAGCUUUGGGGCACACUGCACUUCCCAGGAGUGCUGCAGAAGGCAUUCCUGGUUUCUAAAGACACAGAUGAGCUGAUUGUAAAAGAAGUGUGCAUAAUAUAGAGAGUUUAAUAAUGAACAUGUUAGUUUUAAUAAUGUACAUGUUUACAACAUGUAAGUGCAAGUUGUUUCACAGUCAGUUAUGUUCAUGGGGAUGUACAAAAUGGAAAUACUUUGCCGUUAUAUUGAUUGUUUUCUUUCUUCGCUAAUGAUAUUUUCUUGCUCUGUUUAGUAGAGUACUCUGAAAAGUCAAAUUCAGGAUCUGAGGUUUAGGAUAUUGUUUGCAGCUUCAGUGUGUUUGUGUCAGUCUUUAUGUAAGCUUUGCUUUCAGUCAAGGGAUGAUGACUUGCAGCCACAAAAAAUUUGGUCUAACAUACAUACUGAGUUUAGGGCUGUCAUCACACUUGGGUUUUGUAGGAAAGGUUGAGUUUUAAAGGCACUUACUGAGUAAUUUCUAAUCAAAAUAAUUUCCCAUGGGAAAUGCUAUUUUUCUUCAUCUUAAGAUGGUUUGAAAUGUCAUCAUUGCACACAUAAGGUACAUUUCAUUCUCUAUUUCAUAAAUAUCACCUUACACUAGUGACAGCAAUAUUGGGAAUGCUGCUACAACUUCAAUAAUUUUAAUUAUGAAAGUGGUUUGACUCUAAUAGAUUUCACAAGAACAGCAGAAACACAUAAUUAAUGUAUCAGUGUAUCAAAAAGUAGGGAGGAAGAUGACACUUGAAGCAGUGGAAUCGAGGUGUAUUUUAAGAGGAAACCAACCUUACAUUUAUCACCUCUGCAGUACCUGUUUCCUCUCAAACACGACACCCAACACAUGAAAACCCAGUUUAGUGAGUAUUUGCUCUGGCAGAAGGUUUUGUGUCGUUGCUCUGAGCAACCAAAUCUAUCAGGAAGAUAGAUUUAGAUGGAUGCUGGUUGUUAUUCUUUACGAGGUACAGAAACACAGCACAAAUUAAAAUAACUUUUGUGGCAUGGGAUGUUGAAAGUAAGACUUUAUUUUUAUUUUAUUUACUUAAUAAAUAUAUUUUAUCUGAAAUAAAACAGCAACAAAAGCAGAACAGACAAUUUUAUCUGUAUUAAAAUUCUUAGCAGUUAUGCUUCCUUAAUUAAAACACUACAGAGUGCUCAUGUAGCAAAAUAACUCUGCUUUGCAAUAAGAACAACCCUGCAAAUGUGAUGAAUUUCUGUUCUCUUCUCCCAUCCUUUGCCAGCCUCAAUAAACAAAAUAUGAGCAAACAUCCAAAGAUGGAAAUCUGAAACACUAAAAAUGUGAAGGUACCUAUAUUUCCACUGCUUGGAAUUUUAAAAGUUUGGUGUGUCUUUGUGAAUCUAAAUACUGCUUAAAAAUAUGAGGAUUUGUAACCUAAAAGUCAUUUGCAUUGAAACAGUAGUUGACCCCAAGCCAGUGAGAUUCUGCAGUGUGAACAUGCCCUCUCUGCCCCUACAGAACUUCUCAUGUACUUCCAGAUGGAUUCCAAAUCUGUAUUUAAGAACCCCUUUAUUGAGCAUUCAGAGAAUAAUUGAGAAAAUAAAUUAAUUCUCAGCAUCGCAAAUACAGAUCACAAUGUUGCCCUCAUCCCAAUAAAGGCCAGCUGUUUUAACCAGUGAAAUCAAGUGCUGAGCAGGCUCCCAUUGCUGACCAUGUCAUAGUGCUGCAGGGAAAGGAAGCAUUGUAGUAAAAUGGCUAACCAAGGUGUGCUGUUGUGAGUCUCAGGAAACACAAAUUGGCAGAGUCAGCACUGGGGAUGAUUUAGGCCUGGCUCACCUGCCUUGGCUUAGGGACCAUUUAGAUGACCUGUUGAAUUCCUGUCAAAACUUAUUUUCUAGGAUUUCAUAGCAGCAGGCGCUAUUUCAGGCGCUGUGCUCUGCUGGGGCAGGAAGGUACCUUUAUGCCAUUUAAGAUUUUCUUCAUAAUCCAACUUCAGAACCUCACAAGCCUCUCUUUAAAAGAAACAAUUAUCUUUAGCCAAUUUUUAAAGGACAUCAGCACUGAUUUUAAGAAUCUGGUCCUUUUUCUCUCACUGCAAGCAAAAGCAACUUUGAGCAGUGACCACACUACGGGAAGUUACAACGUGCAACGUGCAAUGUGUGCUGAUGUGUGACAACAUGCCCCCCAUUCUCAAGUGCUGGUGAUGUUGAUUUGCAUAAUAUGGUCAAAUAGAUACAGCUCCUUCCCUCAUAUGCUUUGCAUUUUUCUCCCCCUCAGUAUCACCACCAUAAGAAGUGUAUAUUUCCCAAACUGUGCAUUCUACACAUUUUGAGGAGAAACAUUUUUUUCUUUACAGUUUGCAACUUACGUUGACUUGCUCUUGGCCCAAGAUGUAUUCACUGAAACCAGACUGGAAAAUGUGAAUUUGUUCCAAACCAGAUUAUAGAAUUCAGGUGCUUGGCCCACACUCUUUUUUUAAAACUACCCACUGGAAUUACGGAAAUGGUAGGUGCUGAUUUAAAGCUAAGUAAAGAACAAAAUUCUGAGCACACAAACCAAGUAUCUUUAGAAGCAGAGUAACAUUACCUUUCUACUUUUGACAGAAUACAACCCUGUUACGUAAAAAAAAAAAAAUUAAAAAUAAAAGAAAAAAUCUAAAAAGGUCUUGAGAAGUUGAAAUUUAUACAAAAGGCACCAAAAACCAACCAUCUGGAAAGCCUAAAUGGCAUACAUACAUAUGAAUAUAUGUACAGUGAAUUAUUAUGAGAGCUGUGUUCAGGUAGAAAGUGGCCCAUCAUUCCAAAAUGCACAAAAUCUAAGUCAUGAGCAGGAGAGACUGUGGGGCAGAGAAGAUUUGUAGCCUCCAUUAAGUGCCUUAAUGCUUUCUGGAGACUCCAUAUGGAACACAGACUACCAAGGUCACCCAUCAUCCCACUCCCAUACCAGAUGUGUUCACAAUGGGAAUGACUGGGACAUUGGCUACUCUGCAUUUCUCAGCUUCAUAGACCAACACUGAGCUGACAAGAGGGACCAGCUGGGAGGUGAGCAGGAGCAAUCUCUUUCCCAGUUGCAUGGUGAUGUUGGGUUAUCGCACUAGCAUAAGACCCACUGUUGUGGAGAAGACCAGGCAGCUCCUUGGUAUGGAAAACCUUUUAAUUUCACUUUAGCCUGGGUAACACACCUGUAAUUCUCACUGACUUCAGCAGUGUGGCUAAAGGCAGGACUUCUCCAACUUUGGAGGUUAUCUAAAUACCAAGCAAACACUGAAAAUUCGUGGUGUAAUAGAAUAUCACCUGCAUAUCUGACAUCAAAGUUCAUCUGUAUUACGCUACAUAGAGAUGCCUUAAGGUAACAAGAUACUAUUUUCAUAUCUGCCUGGGGUUUUUUAGUGAAAUGUGCGAUCUCUAUUAGCACCAUGUUUAUAUGAGUUACAUGUAUUUGACAAACUUCACAGAUUACUUGGCCACUAACAUGUAUUUUACUUGUUUUAUUUAUAAGUACAGUUGCUUAUAUGAAAGGCUUAUUAUAUAGCAGUUCCAGAAGAUCAAAAUAAAAAGAAUGUAAAAGGCCCUCCCAGUUCAUGCUGACCAUACAGAAAAACCUGAGAGGUAGGAACCCCUCGUAUCCUGCUCUCCUCCCUUGUCUCCUAGUUAUUUCUUUACUUUUGAGCAAGAAGGCCAACACACCUCAGUCCAGAUGGCAGCACAAGGCUGAUCAGCACUGAGUUGCAUGGAUAGGCACUUCUAGGAGGUACACAAGGAGAUGUACAGCUUUUCCCACUCAUCAUUGCAAGGAGAGGAACUUCUCUCAGUGUGUGUGCACAUGCAUGCAAGAUACCUUUAGGUAUAUGUACCGUCACAAUUCACAUUCCUGCUAAGAAGGGGUGGGAGAGAGUUCUGCAGAAUUUAAACAGUCUGUGAAAUAAGAUUCAAGAAGAAAGGCUGUAUCUCAGGUUCAGAGACAGCAUUACACCUAUAGGCUUCCACAGGGAAGGAAGUUACAUAACUGCCUUUAAAGAGUGUCACUCUACAAAUAGUCAGAGCCCAUAUUCUGCUUGCUGCAGGCUGUGUAGGCAAGUUUAACAAGUUCAGGCCCACAAUAAAUGAAGAGGAGAUAGCUUAAGAAAAUGUUCUUCUUAUUAUAUUAUCCUACAGGCUUUUGUCUUUUAUUCUUUUGGCAUAUAGCAAAUAUUUAACUCCCAAGGACCCAGCCACUGAGCUCAGAAUUGCCCCUCCAGCAGCAGAAGGGAGCUGCCCCUCUGGGGAGGCUGCAGCUUUGAACUGGCAGCAAUUUGAAGUCUUCAUAAGAAUUAUGGUGAAAGUGUAUCCAACGCAAAGUAGCCUUCAAUUGUGAAAGGAGAAACUGCAGAGGUUUUUCAUUUUAAUCCUCUGCUGUAAAAUUUCUUCCCUAUGGGAGAUUCCAUGGGAAGAAGAGUUAGAAAGGAUGUGGAAGGACAACAGAUCACUCCACAUGUGCCAUCACUGCCACUUACAUGACGAACAGUUUGUUAUGACUUGUCAAGUUUUGGUAAAUGCAAAAAAAAAACAAACCCAAAAAUAGAUCAUGUUUCUCCUUUGUAAGUACAGCCCAUGUAUAAGAAAUUUGAUAUCAACUUUUCUUGUACAUCAGGAUAGCCUGAACAAAGAUCUUUGUUUUUCAGACAUUUGUUUUACUUUACACAAGCACUAGCACUCUUCAGUGCAGAAUGGUGCAUCAGUUACCGACAAUGCACUUCAGCAAAAGAAAUAAAUGCAAUCAGGACAAAGAAACAAAAUAAGUAUAUUUGAUAAUCAGCAUAUACAGUCACUGUAAAUUAGCAAUGUACCUCCAGUAAUCAAAACACAUACAAUAAAAUCUGGGUAUACUUUAAACAAUUCCAUGAGUACGUAAGAAGUUUUCACUUUUUUGUAAUAUUGUCUAGAUAGAAUAUUACUGUAUGUUCACGGCAGGAAGUGUUAUACAAUAAAGUUUUAUUGGAUGAUGUUUGAAA